AUGACGCCGCGCCCACUCAUUUCUUCUUAUUCUUCGAGGCGUCCUUUGUCCGCAAUCUUCCUGGGCUCGUUACCACCAAAGGAACAUAUCAUUCUUGAUCUUCCAGAGCCUCCAGAAAGUCCAAGUGUAGCAUCAUCUUCAUCUGGUCUUCCUUCACCACCAGCUACCAAUUCAACGGGCAGCGGUUCAACAGGUGACAACAAGAGUGCAACCGCCGGCAGCCUGCGUCAACGACCUGCCUCGUAUGCUAGCUCAAUUAUGAGCAACCGUAACUAUGAUACACCCAACACACCCUCCAAAUCUUCCAUAAAUAUUGACGACGAUGACGACGACGAAAACGAUUAUUCAAAUGAAGAAGACGACACCGCUCGCCUUGACCGCAGUCAUGCAGUGAAAAGUCCGAACGAGAACCUCGUGGCCUUGCAACGAGUUAAAAGCCUUGCUGAGCGCAACCGUAUGGCUUUGAACAAGCUUUCUUCCUUUUCACGCCUGAGCACUCCCUCUCCUGCAAAUUCCCGUGCCUCUCGAUCUCCCCUUCCUCCCCUGCAUGCAUCCUCGUCCUCAUCUUCCUCAUCUGCAGCCUCCCGAAUUUCCUCCCACUCCCACUCGCAUUCUGCUCCUAUGACAAGACCAUACGAGGGUGCUCUUUCUGGUUCCGAAACAGAACGUGAAAGUCUACGCGCUCCAACCCCCUCAUACUCUAAUUCACAUUCCAAUUCUCCGCUCAUAUGGCUCUUCGUCUCCAGACCGCUCAUCAACGCCGCCUCCCAGGAGCGUCGCACAUCUGCUCCCGCCUCACCAAGUCAAUCUCGACAGCCUUCACCCGUACCCUCGCACACUCCUCGGAAACGGGUAUCUAUAGCUAGUGCAAUAUCUGCACCUAGAGAGGACGUGUCUCACGAUGUGACGAGUGCGGCGCUGGCCGCUGUCGCGUCGUCACGACGAAGUCCAACAGGUACUGGUAACCGACGUUCGCGGCAACCGCUUCCCCGAGAAUUCAGAGAUGGCGAUCAAGAUCGAAAUAUACACUCACAGACUUCGAUCGAGCCAAUGACGCCACAUCACAACUCACAUCAGGAUAGCUACACCUCCAAUGCCAACACCUCUAUCAGAAACUCUUCAUACACAAAUCCCCAAUAUUCACCACGUGGCGCUCGUGCCAACCGUUCAUCAACUGUUCGCGAUCUAACGCGCCGUCACCAAACGCGUUGGUUGUCUGAUGAUAUUUCCAACCCACCAGAUUCCGGUCGCAGACAAACACAACGCGGUGGCAGCGCUGAAAGCACUCUAGGAGCUGGAGGACGUCUGGUUGGUGAAGGUCUCCGUGCUGCUGGCAUUGGUAUGCGGAAUGGGGCCCAGGCGAACGAUGACGUCUUUGGGCACGCCAAUGACUCACAUGUGUCUUUACGCCGCACACGGACGACUGGCUCUAAUACCAGUCGAACGGUCGAGUGGGAGGACGAAGAUAGAGUGGCGGAUGAUCGAAGUCGGGCAAGCGGCUCAAGUGGCGCGCGACUCGGUGAAGGUGCAGGUCCCUCUACAAGGCCCCAUCUGUCGUCAGAUCCGAGCAGAGCAUCAUCUUCACUCAUGACGGAACGAGAUCCGAGAGGGGGGCGCACCGCUUCUUCAAGGCCAGCGACCUCAAUGGCAGAGUUCUACCAUGGGGAAGAUGGAAGACCGCCCACUAUCCGUCCACUUCCUCUUCAGCAACCCCCAGCAGCACCAACACCACCAGAUAGGUCACGUAGCGGCACACUCACUCGACGUCAUACCACAAUGACUCCUCUUGGAAAUGGGUCGGUCGCUAGUCUCCACAGUCACCAACAGAGCGCAGAGCAUACGAGGCUUAUGCUAGAGUCUUUGACGAUGUUCGAGAACAUUUUGUCCCGUCUGCCGAAUCAGUCUGCGUCUGUAACGGAUGUGUUCCGCAGCGCAGAGACAAUUGUUCUUGCUUCCGAGAAGCUGAAUGCGUUGCUAAGAACAGGGACCAAUCACGCACUGGAACAGCAGAUUGACGCCGAGAUGGAUGAUGGGGAAUCGGGGGAGAUGCCCACGGGUGAAAUCUGGAGGAGGGUGGGAGGGGAGUACCGCGAGAGCCUUCGUGUGAGCGACGAAGUUGUCCGUACGAUCACGGGGUUUUUGCUCGGUGUCGGGAAGAUUGUGAAGGAGGCUUCCGCUGGUGCUUUGAACGAUCCGGGACAACAGCACUUGAGAGGCACUAUUGGUGACGAAGUUUCCCGACGAACCCCCGAGAUAGAUAGGAGCAGUAGUAGAAGAAGUCAGGAUGGAAGGAGGAGCGUAGAGUCACGACGGAGUUGGGAGCCUUCUGUCUCCGGUGCUGACUUAUCUAGGAGGUUAACUGGUCGCGGUGAAGGAGUUGUCGCACGUCCUCCUUCGUCAAGAGACCGUGAUAUGGAUCAAGAACCGCCUUCCUCUUCACGCAAUACCUUUCCUCUUCCUCCGCUACCGCCAUCUGCAACGCGUAGGCUCUUUACACCACGAGAACAGCGCGAGCAUCAAAUGAUAUCAAAUGCAGUCGCUACUCAUAACACCCCAUCAGAUGCCAUUGAUCUCUCCCUAGAAUAUGAGCCUUCACCAACACCUGCCUCUCGGGGUAUACCUGCGGGCCGCCAAAAGCCGCUUCCAGCUCUCGCUGUCCCACCACCUCUUCCUACCUUGCCCUCUGAAUCGCUUAUGCGUAGAUCAGCUAGCAGCCUGUUAGACAAAGAUAAAAAUAACCGUCGCAAACCAUCUGCUACAUCCACCGCCACCAUCCGAGGACCAACGACGCCUUUCCCCCUACCAUCCUCCAAUCCGACCACCGCCGUGACUACCCAUACAGUAUCCAACUCCCCAGAAAGCUCGACUUUCCCUCUAAGCCGUGUUGACUCCCAAGAUUCCAUUCGAUCAACUGUAACCUUCUCGCGGCCUUCUGAAGUAUCGCUGUCUGCAUUACAACAACAGCAGAUACGAGACGAGGCACGCAGAAAAAUCAUUACGUCCUCUUCUUCUGCCGAAGAAGACACGAACACCCCAGCGCCUUCACCUGCCACUCAAGUGCGCACUCCACUCUCAGGCUCAGAAACGGAGCGAGAUACUCGAAGGCGGACGAUUGGUGUACGAGCGGCUCGGAUGUCAUUGGACAGCAUUCGUGAUGAGAGGGAAGGUGAUCACGGGGGUUCUCAGUCACGUACCGUCGCUUUACCUCCGCAAAGGCGGGAGAGGCGACGGACUGUUACUGAGGUGUUUGCAUAG